AUGGACCAAAGAAGUCCGGGAAGUCCGUUGCAGGGCGUGACGCAUGUGCCGGUGGAGCCGCUGAGCGACCCGCCACAGUUGAACGAGAAGGGCGGUGACGCGUUGGACGUGGGCGGCGGCGACAACGGCGACGACGCGCACCACCGCACGAGCGAGGUUGGGGACGACGAGCACCAGAGGUUCGCGGACCCGUCAGGGAUCAGAGUGGGGAAGUAUAAUAUCCCGCCCCGUGUGGUGGCGCCGGUGUGCGUGGUGGCCAUUGUCGGGGUUGCCGUGCUUCUCACCUUCACGACGCCGGUGGUGAACGCGGACCCGCGACCGUGGGACCACAUCUCGGCGUGGAUCGGCUGGGUUUACUUCCUGGCGUGGGGGGUGUCCUUCCUGCCGCAGCUGUACUUCAACAUGCGCCGGUGGAGCGUGGUGGGGCAAAGCUUUGAGUUUGUUUUCCUGAACGCCGUGGGGUUCACGUGCUACUCGACGUAUACGCUGUGCUUCUACUCCAACGAUGCCGUAAAGGAGAUGUACAAGCAUCGCUACAACGGGUCAACUAACACAGUGGCUCUGAACGAUGUCGUGUUUGCGGUCUAUGCAUUGGUGUGUUGCCUCUUGAAUUGCCUGCAGAUUGUCUUUAUGGACCGCGGCGGCCAGAAGUUGAGCCGCUUCGCGAUUGCACUCAUCGGCGUGAUAAUUUUUGUCGUUGUGCUGUGGACCUGCCUUAUUGCGGGAGGUGUGAGGCACUCCGCCGUCUUCAACUACCUCGACCUCUUGUACGGCCUGAGUCUGAUCAAACUGGGCAUCAGCAUUGUGAAGUACCUGCCGCAGCUGUACCUCAACUAUAAACGGAAGUGCACGAUCGGGUGGAACAUCUGGAACAUUCUGCUCGACUUUACGGGUGGCGUCCUCAGCAUUCUGCAGCAGGUGAUCGACAGUGCGGUGACGAACGACUGGGUCGGCAUGACAGGCAACCCCGUGAAGUUCGCGCUCGGCUCUGUUAGCAUCUUGUACGACAUCGUCUUCAUCCUGCAGCACUUCGUCCUGUACGCCGAUAACAACAAGAAGUUUGCGGAGCCGGUACACGAGCGGACGCAGGAGGCAGGAACGCCGGGGGGCGGAGACAGGGACGAACGGUCCAACGGGUUGGGGAAAUCUAACGACACGACCAGAGCAUUCUGA